CACAACACACACAUAUUUCAGUUUUCAUUACCGGAAUUGAAAGGGAGCGAAGCCACCGAACUUCUGCAAAACUUUUUUCUCACUCUUCUCAAAAAACAGGGUGUCAAAGCAAAGAGGUUGAAGAAAUUAGUUAACAAAAUGGGAUUUUUACGCAGAAAAUUAAAAAAAGUAUUGUUGAAGAAGACGACCCUUUAUCCACCAUAGAAAGCAGUUACUUGAAGACAAUCCCAUUUCACCAAAUCUGUCCUUAAACAAAUCCUCCAUUUUCAAUGUCUCUAUGUGUUUCUCAUCAUUAUAUCACCACCACCACCACCGUCUCUCUCUCGUAUACCAUCUCCUCCUCCCAUGCAUCCUCUUCGCCGGAAAGUCUCCCUAUUCUCCUCCUACACCACCGCCAUGAAACACCGCAAAAACAACAACCUCUCUGUCUUCGUCGUCGUCUUCUCUGUUUUCCUAUUCGGAUUCUUCAUGUACAAUGAAGACGUGAAAUCCAUAGCCGAAUUCCCAUUCUCCAGGCCCAAAUUCGUAACCCACCAAAACGCUCUUCAGAAAUCUAACGUUGAUGGGGUGGUUGAGAUCACUUCCAGGACGACUUUAGUGGUGGAGUCAAAAACAGAGGAGGAUCAGGUGAUUGAGUUGCCGGUUCCAGUGGCAGUUGCGGUGGAUGAAGAACCGGAAGAAGAUGAGGAUAUCGAAUUGCCACCUGAAGAAUGUGAUCUGUAUAAUGGGAAUUGGGUUUAUGAUGAUUCAACACACCCACUAUAUAUAGAAGAUCAGUGUGAAUUUCUUACUGCUCAGGUGACAUGUAUGAGAAACGGGAGAAAAGAUUCGAUGUAUCAAAACUGGAGAUGGCAACCCAAAGAUUGCAACUUACCCAAGUUUAGGGCAAAAUUAUUGCUGGAAAAACUGAGGAACAAGAGGCUUAUGUUCGUUGGCGAUUCAUUGAAUAGAAAUCAGUGGGAAUCAAUGGUGUGUUUGGCUCAAUCCAUUAUUCCUCCUGGAAGAAAGAGCUUGAACAAAACCGGUUCUCUUUCCAUUUUCAGAAUUGAGGAUUAUAAUGCGACCGUGGAAUUUUAUUGGGCACCAUUUUUGGUAGAGUCGAAUUCGGAUGAUCCAAACAUGCAUAGUAUAUUGAACAGAAUCAUAAUGCCCGGAUCCAUUAAAAAACAUGGUAAAAACUGGAAAAAUGUCGAUUAUUUGGUCUUCAACACCUACAUUUGGUGGAUGAACACCUUCUCCAUGAAAGUCCUGCGUGGAUCUUUUGACAAAGGAGCAACAGAAUACGAUGAGGUUGAAAGACCUGUGGCAUAUGCAAGAGUGUUGAAGACAUGGGCUAAAUGGGUUGAUAAAAAUAUCGAUUCAAACCGUACAACGGUUUUUUUCAGUAGCAUGUCUCCUCUACAUAUCAAGAGCUUGGACUGGAACAAUCCUGAUGGCAUCAAAUGCGCGAAGGAGACUAGUCCAAUCCUUAACAUGUCCAUGCCCGUAGAGGUGGGCACUGACAGGCGACUCUUUAGGGUUGCAACAGAUGUGAUCGGAUCAAUGAAACUCCCGGUCCACUUUCUCAAUAUAACUUCUCUUUCAGAAUACAGAAAAGAUGCACACACUUCCGUGUACACUAUUCGCCAAGGCAAGAUGUUAACGGAUGAGCAAAAGGCAGACCCGAAUACUUAUGCCGAUUGUAUACAUUGGUGUCUUCCUGGGUUGCCUGACACGUGGAACGAAUUUCUUUAUACACGUAUUAUUUCUCGCUCUUGACUGAUGAAGUGUCAACUCUGAUCAAUAUGGUUUUAUUUACUGUUCUUGUAGGAAUUUAAAAAAUGAUAUUUUCUUUCGCAUACCUUGUACCUAAGGAGAGGACAAAUUUUAUAUUCAUG